UGGACCCCAAAACUACAUGCAUGCCCAUGUCUUGUUUUUAAUCCCGAGUAAAAAGAUGUCUCUCUCUGUUGUGCACUCAACUCCCAGAUAUCACUUUUAUUUGCCAAGCCCUGGAUCUGUGUUGUGAGACAAGAUGGAACAAGAUUCAAGCCAAUCCAUGAACUUCAAUCAACUUUCACCCCAACAGUCACCAGUUCAGUCCUUCCAAUGUAGCCACUGUGUCCUGAUCUUCAGAUCCAAGCGCUUCCUCUUCGAACACCUCAGCAUGGUACAUGGCCUCGAUGUGGACUCUGCCCUCAUAAAUGCUGGUUAUCAGUCCCCCAGUGUCAAUGUAUCAACCAAAGUCAACAAAACAGUCAAUGAGGACAUCUGGGUAGAACCCUCUGCUAAAAAAUUGAAGAGCAAUAGGGUACAAAUGGGACUCCAAGGAAGUACAGUGAACCAAAACAAGUCCUCGGGAAGGUCUGGUUUUAUGUUUGAAGUUAGCGAAGAUGAGGAAGAGAAAGGGACUCGGGGAAUGGAACUGACCAACAAAGCUCACCUAGUGAGUAGGAAUACAGACAACUCACAUGUUUACCAAUGUAAACACUGUAGUUACAGUGACACAGGUGUCCACAAUAUGUUAAACCAUUAUGAGAAGGUCCACCCCUAUGUCAGGUGUAACAAUGAGUACAUUCAGGAUCCAAACAAUCGGAGUGCUACAUUACGUUGCCUGGAAUGUCCAGUCGAAUUUGAUGCUGCAUCGAGCCUUGAGAGGCACUACAAGGAAAACCACCCAGAGGCCCCAAAUGUGUUCGCUAUGCAACCCCAUGAAUUUCAUUUGAUUUUCAAAUGCUUUGUCUGUCCAUUCACCACUAUUUUAUUCAAAGAGUUGAAUGAGCAUUACAGUGAGGAACACCCAACACAUACGGUGAAUAAUUUGCUGAUGUACUACAGGUACUCCGCAAACACAGGACAAGAGGAAUCAUCUCAACCCAUUUCAACUGAAAAAUCGUCGAGUCUAUGUUUGGACAGAAUCUCUGUGAAGAAAACCUCAACACCAAGCAAGGGAAGCCAAAACACACCCUUGCAAUCAAGAAUGGAAGUGGAUUUGUAUCAAUGUAAAAAUUGCACUUUCAGUCACAAGUCUGCGGUUGCAAUGCUAGUACACUACCAAAAAACCCACCCAAAAGAAGUGCAAACAAUUAAAAAAAUCAAACAAGAAGCUUUUGUUGUGUCAGAUAUCAAAUCAUCAGUGUCAACUGAAAGAAUUUCAGAGUCUCUGAGCACAGAAACGAUCAUCAAUAAAUCAGCAACUCAGCACAAGCCCAUCUCUGAUUCCUCAAUGAAAUCAACAGACCAAUCUCAAUUGUCUUCAAAAAAGAGGAUUUCGUUGACCACAGUGAAUACCAAGACAAAAUCUGAGGUUGCUGGAAGUCUUCUAGGAUCUAAGAAUGACAAGGAAGUGAAGUCGGGCUACAGUUCUCUCAAUUUAUCAGGUGCUGAGCCUGAAGAUGUAGAUGGCCCAUUUUUUUGUCAGUUCUGUAACUACACUGAUACAACAAUUGGUGGGAUUUUUAACCAUCAAAAGACCCAGCAUGGAAUUCUGAAGAGAAGUGCCAUGGCAAUAUAUGUCUCGAAGCAGGUUCAAAGCAAAGCAAAAAAAUCUACUGGAAAAUUGUCUUCGAACCAUACCAAUGAGAAAUCGUCCCAUGAAACUGUCGAUGCUCCCCCCACAUCUUUGCAACCAGAGGUGUUUUACUGUCAGUUCUGCAGCUAUUCUAAUCACAAUGUUAGAAGUGUUGUGGGUCAUCAAGGUGCAAAACAUGGUAAAAAUACAACAGUUACAAAGACCUUUGAGUAUUCACUUGAGGUACAGAAAAAGAAAGCUGAAAGUAGCGUAGAACUAAAUUCUCCAUCACCUAAGAAAGGAAAGCCUGAUCAUAAAGAACAGGAGUCAGUGGACCCUCGGGUACACAGCUUCGGGGCAUACAGACGGGCAGAAAACCUGUUCUUCUGUGAAAAGUGCAACUUUGGACAUCCCUCCAUUCUAGGAGUAAUGAAACAUCAAUGCAUUAGGCACCCUGACCAUGUAACAACAAAUAAAAAGGUUUUGAGGUAUACUGAAGACAUUCGUGGCCAAAUUAAAAAAUCAAAAUCUCAAGCAACAUAUACAUCCUUUUUUUCUACUGGUCUUCCCCUUCCUCUGGUAAAUGAAGGUGAUGAGGAAGUGCUUUUCUGCCCCUUAUGCAACUUUGCACAGAAGUUAAUGACAAGAGUUAUGAGCCAUCAGCAUAAACGCCAUCCUGGUGUUAAGAUCGAAACCAAGUAUAUCCUCGAGUACUCUGCUAUGGUUCAUGAAGAAAUUCAGAAAUCUCGUCUGAAAACAACAACUGCCCAUCAAGCAACUGAGCCAAAAUGGAAAGCUGAAAGCACUGCAGAGACAAAUUCUCAUUCAUCUGAGAAAAUAAAGCCUGAUCGUAAAGACCAAGCAUCAACAGAUUGUCAGGUACAAAACUCUGGGGCGUAUGGACGGGCAGAAAACCUAUACUUCUGUGAAAAGUGCAACUUUGGACACACCUCCACACAAGGAGUAUUGAAGCAUCAAACCAUCAGACAUCCUGACCACAAAGCGACAGCAGUUAAGAUUUUAAGGUACACUGCAGAGCUUGUUGACCAAAUUAAAAAAUCAAUAUCUCAGCCAACAAACUCGUCCAGAUUUUCUCCUAGUCUUCCUCUUCCUCUUGUAGGCAAAGAUUAUGAAUGCAUGUUAUUCUGCCCCUUAUGCAACUUCUCACAUAAGUCAAUGAUAAGGGUUCUCGACCAUCAACGCAAAAGACAUAGUGGUUUUAAGGCUGAAGCCAAGUAUGUCCUUGAGUAUUCUUGUAUGGUUCGUGAACAAAUAAAGAAAUCCGGUCUGGAAACUGCCAAUCAAGAAGCCAAGCCCAUGACUCAUGGGGAGGGAGGAAGUGAAACUACACAAACAUGUAGUCCAAGAAAGUUAAUUUCAGUGUCAUUUUCAUCCGCAAAGAAAACUGCAAAACUCAGGUCUUUGCAGUGUCCCAAAUGCUUGUACUCAACCCCACAUCUGUAUCUAAUGAAAAGGCAUUUACGAAAAAUCCACCUCACAAAUGACACAAUCAUGGAUGUUUUACAAAUGGCUUUUAAUGAUGGUGUUUUGAAAGCUGGCUAUCACUGUGAAUGGUGUGUGUUUUCCCACAAGAAAGCAACAAGAGUUCAUCAGCAUUGUCAGGAAAAGCAUGCAAGACGUGGAAUUAGCCUUGAGCACAUAUCUGCACGGUUAUACAUUGGUCCCAAAGCCGCCUCUAAAAAGAAGAAGAAGCUUAAGUUGAUUAACAUGAAUGAAACUAAUGGGCCUCCUGUCAUUUCCCCCAUUCAGCAAUCUGGAAAAGUUGAAAGCGAAACGUUUCCUUGCCGGGCUUGUCCCUUCAAAGGUGACUCAUCGCAAGCCAUCAUAAGCCACUACCGUGCUGUUCACCCUUGGUCUGUCAAGGAAGAUGGCUCAGACAUGGAUGACAUCAAUUUUAAGGAGAUGAAUGUAAGCAAGUCAGAUCAAGAUACAGAAGGUCAUUCUGAAAUGCCUCCAUCAUUUGAGACUUACCAGGUGCCCAUUGAAUUUGAAACACUAUCUGAUCCUUCAGAACAAGAAAUGGCCUCUACCAAGUGGUACAAGUGCCAUUUCUGCCAUCUGUGUUUCACAAGCCAUCGGGGUCUCCGCACUCACUAUAGAAGAAAACACCCAGACUUUGAAGAUAUAGAUUCUGAAGAGAAAGAUGAGUCCCACGUGGGUGAAUACGGGAGCUACCAGCAGGUUUACAAGUGUCCAUGCUGUACGUAUGUGAAUAAUAGCAGACAAGGAAUUCUUACUCACUGCCAAAUGAUGCACCCCAAGUACAAAUCUAGGGCAGAUAAACUUCAAACAACGAAAGCAGAGUUACCCAACAUGGGAAAGUAUGCUAGUGGAGGUGACCCUAGGAAUAAAUUCAGAUUCGGUGGUUACAUGUGUAAAAAAUGUUCAGUCAUCAAAACGUCGCUGAAAAAAUUAAAAAUGCACUAUGAGAAGGACCAUAGCAAGUUAAUUUCAAAAAUGUUGAAGCCUGCCGCUAAACAUCCAGCUAUAAUUAAUAAAAAACUCCUGUCUAGGUUGCAAAGCUCUCAAAGUUCAAUACUACAAUAUACCUACAAUGUUACAAACAAAAAAUCUGCUACCAUGAAAUGCAGUCUUUGCAAAUACAUUUGUAACACCAAAAUUGGGAUGAGACGCCAUUUGCGCAUUUACCACAAAAAUGCAUCUAAAACGGAGACUCAGGAAUAUCUGUACAAGUGUGUCCUGUGUUCUUAUUCCACUUACAUAAGAUCAUAUUUUGCAAGGCAUUAUACUCGAACACAUGGAAAGGCUGCCUUCCUAACCUAUUAUGUACCAAUGUACAAGAAUAUUAAGAAGCCACAACCAUCACCACAAGAUGAUACUGUUACCCAGAACCCAGAGGAUACCCUCGAGGGUUGCCGGUCAGACACACUGGUGAUGCGAGACGACCUAGCAUCCCUCUAUAAGGAGACUCAUGGAAGUGUUGCAUUCAACUCGUACUCUACUGCUACGUCUGUAGAGGGACAAUCUGUGAAGUACCACAACAAAGAAGUCGGCAAUCUGCCAGGAACUGAUUCUUAUAAGGGAACUGCAGCAGUGAAAUGCACAAAGUGCACCCACUUAUUGUUUAAGUCGCCUGAUCUGCUUAGUGCCCACUACAUCCGUGUUCACAGCACAGAUCCUGGAAUGGACUUUUCCAUGCGUUCUAGCCCUUUAAUGAAGGGCUCAAAAGUCUACAAGUGUGCCCACUGCAGCGAUACUUUUAAGAGUAUCAGACAGCUGGGCUGUCAUUUGGAUGACCAUCGAGAGCUGUAUAAAAAGAAGGCAAACAUGACAAAGAGGGCUCCCAAUGUCAGUGUAAAACAGCCUUCAGCUGAGCCUUUUGAAUGCAAAACAGGAGACAAAUUGCCGGAGUUAGAGACUGUACAUGAACUGGCCCGUUGGAAUGUGAGAAAAGUAGAGACAUUCAUUCUGGCAACAAGUCCUCCAUCGUCACCUCCCAGAAUCCCUGAGACGGAGGAGUUGACAGUCCAGAGGCCCAAAUGGAGUUGGAAGUCAAAAGGAGCCAGGGGUCAGACUUGCCAGCAAUGUGGACGAACAUUUAAGUCAUUGAUAGGCCUGCGUGUUCACGAACGCAGCCAUGCUGCUAUGGCUGUUUUGGAGCAACUGGGUACCUCGUCCACCUCAUCUGUAGACCACAACCUCCAUAAGUACAUCAGACACUGUCCUGAAUUUGUCAAACCUUUCCGCUGUGAGCUGUGUUCUUAUCAGACCACCAUCCUGGGUCUUUUGACGAGCCAUUUAUUGAAAAAACACAGAGCUAAUUGGCAAGAAGACAGCGUAGCUUCUGCUGAAACAGAUGACCAUAAUGAGGAGAGCAACACACAGACGGACGAGGAGGCCCCUUAUCCAUCACAUCUCCAGGAAGACGACUGCUCGACUGAACCUCAGGACAAAUCUAAAAAAACUGUCCGAAAGCCUGUGUACUCUGAGCCUGUCGAUGUGCAGCCCAGCACCUUGGCCCCAGCAGCCCAGCAAGACACACAGCCACCUGAAGACUGUCUGUUUCACUGUGAGUUCUGCAACUUCUCUACUGAGCACAAAUCUCUGGUAAAAAGACACUACUGGAAACGACACGGGAAGAAGCUGCUGAACUGUAAGGACUGCUCCUUUUUCACGGGUCUAAGGAAAACCUUGGACCUGCACAUAGACACAAGUCAUUCAAAAUGCCAGUCUGAACCUAUACCUGAGAAGGACCUGGAUUGCCCUCUUUGCCACUACCAGACCAAGAACAAAAACAACAUGAUUGAUCACGUCGUACUUCACCGUGAGGAACGUCUGACGCCAAUAGAAGUGCGUCGACCCAAGCUGUCGCGUUACCUUCAGGGCAUCAUCUUCCAGUGCCACAAGUGCACUUUCACAAGUGCCAAUGCUGAGAACCUGCGUUUACACAUCCUGAAGCAUGACGACGUCAGUCCCUACAAGUGCCAGCUUUGUUACUUUGACUGCUCUCGGCUCAGUGAAUUGGAGGCGCACCUUUGUGAUAAGCAUCAGGUUAUGCGAAAUCACGAGCUGGUGGGACAGAUCAACCUCGAUCAGAUGAAAAACUUAGCUGGAAAAGUAAAUGAGGAAGUGGAGGCAGAGGAAAGCUUGAAAGAAGAAAAUUCCGAAGAUGGAGCUAUGGAAGUGAAUGUCCUGCAGCAGGAAGAAAAGGCACAAAAUGCCGAGGAUCUGAACAUAAUUUUUUUCUCUGAGAACCAAGGGAUGGCAGAAGAAAACACAAAUAGUGAGGGGGGCAUUGUAAACGAUAAAGAGGCUCCAUAUCAGAAACAGGCAGAAAACCCAACAGAAAACAACCUCAGGGAGAAGAUUGCAGAACAGAAUGAGGAACAAUAUCAGAGGCAAGAAAACCCAACAGAAAACAACCCCGGGGAGAGGAUUGCAGAACAGAAUGAGGAACAGUAUCAGAGGCAAGAAAACCCAACAGAAAACAACCCCAGGGAGAAGAUUGCGGAACAGAAUGAGGAACAAUAUCAGAGGCAAGAAAACUCAACAGAAAACAACCCCAGGGAGAGGAUCGCAGAACAGAAUGAGGAACAGUAUCAGAGGCAAGAAAACCCAACAGAAAACAACCCCAGGGAGAAGAUUGCGGAACAGAAUGAGGAACAAUAUCAGAGGCAAGAAAACCCAACAGAAAACAACCCCAGGGAGAAGAUUGCAAAACAGAAUGAGGAACAGUGUCAGAGGCAAGAAAACCCGACAGAAAACAACCCCAGGGAGAAGAUUGCAGAACAGAAUGAGGAACAAUAUCAGAGGCAAGAGCAGGAUGUACAGGAGUGGAGUACAGAUGGCCAGGCCAACCAGAGUAGCGCAGGACCACUGGAAUACAAGGACAAAGUUGCAGAGGAGAACAGUGUUCCUGAGAAAAAAGAGCAGGAUACUCAGGGGGUUAAAACAGCCGGCCAGUCUGCAGAUGAAAUAAUCUUAACAGACGCUGUGGAAAGCCAUUCAAUUGAAAACACCAUAGAGCAAACAGAUGAAGAAAAUAGAGCAGAAAACAAGUCUGAGGACAAAGAAGAGCAGAAAGAGAAGUCAAGUGAAAACCAAGUGCAGCACAAACCGCAAGAGGAGGACGGCAUGGCAGAAGAAGAGUACUACGCUGGACAACCAGAGCAGGAGAUGCCAGAUGUGAGCUCAACAGGAAGUGGUAUUAUGGGUAAAACUGCACUGGCCAGCAAGCUGCAACAGAAGUCAGUUCAGGAUGCCAAGGUUGCAGUUGUGGCAGAGCAGAGUGUUGAUGCCAAGAUAGAAGAUGACAUACUAAAUCAUAUUCUAGAGCUUGAAGAAGAAAGUUGCAUCUCCUCAAAGCUGUACCUGCAAGACCAGUGCUACAGUGAAAUUAUGGUAGCUCAAUGUGCAGGAGAGAAGACUCCCACAAAAGACAUCAGAUCUGAAGGGAUCUCAACUGCUGAGAGGCAAGAGGUGGUCGUGCACAACAGUCCACAAAUUUCACUGUGUCAUAAGAAGCAAGAUGAUGAAGACGGCUUGGAUGUGCCGUUUAUGAGCUGUGAGGAGGACUACUCGUGCAGGCGGCAGGAUGAUAAAGAGCCAGCUGACCCAUUCGAGGAAAUGCCUGUACUCGAGAAUGACUAUCUCAGUGAAGGAACCCUGGACGAUGGCGGGGAGAGACACAAAAUUGACGAGGACAGUGAUUCUCUUGAGCACAAAAUUGAGAUAUUAGAUGAGGAGGAUAAAAACCAACUUCAGAUUCAGGAUUGUAAGGAGGUAGAGGACAUGAAGGAAACUGACAACCUAUUAGCAUCUAAUGGUGCCAUCAGCGUCAUGAUGUCAGAUGUCUGAGUUGUGUCCUCAACGGCAAAAGGGGACAAAAUGUUUGGUUGCAAACUCUGGGCGAACCCUCGCCAACACUGAUGAACUGGAGUCAUGCAACAUGGAACAUAGAUUGUAUGAGCAAUGUAAAAACUUUCUUAACCGUUUCUCUUUAUCUCGGAAUCUGUCUUAAAAUUGUUGCCUGUUGCAUUUAGAAGCGUGUUUGUAAAGCAGAGUAUUGUGUUGAUUUGUUUAAGCAGUUCCACCGUAACAUAUUUCCAAACUGGUGUUUAAUUACAAGCGAGGGAUGUUUUCAUACUUUUUCUUUUUUUUAAACAUGAACUUAAUGCUGUUUCCAUUUGUGUUGAGACAAUAUAAGAAUAAACUUGUAGAGG